AAAAACAGUUGUCAUGUAGUUUUAUUUUAUAUUAUAAAUUAAUAAUGAUUCAACUAAAUUGGCAGUAUUUUUGUUGGUGGCUUUUUAAUUUCAAUUCAAAAUAAUUUCUUGUAGAAUUAAUGCAUUUUUAGAAUCUUAUUUUAAGAUUUCAAGUGAAAUUGUCAAAAUUAAAUUAAGAUCAUACUUUUAUAAUUUGGCAAGCAAAGUCUUAUAUCUAUUUAUUUACUUUUACAAAAUUAAUUUUUAACAACUUCACUGUCCCCAUACAAACUGAUUGAAAACCGUCUCUACGUUCACUAUUUCCUAUCAGAAAUAAGGACAUUUCCAUCACGUCCCAUGAAUCACAUAUGAUACAUAGAACUUUUUUUGUACCGUGUUUUCAGCGUCCAUGAAUCAUAAAUGAUUCAAAAUAAGAAAAAUAUGAAAAGUGUUCUACGUCCCUUUACAAAUUGAUUCAAAAUAUUCUCCACGUCCAGACUUUUUGACACUGCACAUAAAUUAGAUUGAAAUUAUCAGGUCAUCUUUAGAUUUUUUUCCUUACAAACAUGAAGAAAAUUAAAAAUAUUUGUAAUAAAGGAGUCACAGGACAUACAUAUAAUAUACCUAAAAAUUUGAAAAUGGACAUGGAAAUUGAGGAUUUCAGUUCUGGAAGUGAAUCAGAUUAUCAACCAACAGAAACUGAUACUGACACGUCGUAUGAUCUUUCUGAAAAUGAAGAUGAUGAAGAACAAAUUUCUGGCUAUGGAAUCUCACCCGAUGCCACUGAGCUUGUUUGGCAUGAAGAAGUUUUACCAAUUGGCAGAGAUCAAUUUACUGGAAUUUCUGGGAUUCAUCGAAUUGAUGCCAUCACAAAUGAAAAUGGAAAAAUUGAUUUUGUAAAAAUUUUUGAAAACUUGCUAACAGCGGAUAUUGUCAUGGAAAUGGUUGGACAUACCAAGACAUAUGCCCACAUCUUAAGAUCAUCACGAACGUCUGCAUUUAAUCGAUUACGACGAUGGAAAGAUGUGGACAUUGAAGUGAUGAAGCAAUUUUUUGGUGUUGUUAUGCUAAUGGGUGUCGUUAACUUGCCGACAAUUGAGCACUAUUGGAAACUGGACCCAUUAUACAAUUAUCCGCUUAUGCAUAUGAUAAAAAUGUCAUACAAUAGUUUUUCACUAAUAUUGCUUUGCUGGCAUUUUGCUUCUCCCUUGCUUCAAGAAAGGACACAUAAAACAUACAAAAUUGAUCCUCUAAUAAAAAAAAACUGCUGGCAAACUUCCGGUCAUUGUAUACUCCUGGCGAAAUACUUGUGGUAGAUGAAUCGGUAAUCAAGUUUCACGGUCGACUGCAAAUGAAAACGUACAACCCUUCAAAAUCCAGUAAGUACGGCAUAAGAGUCUACAAAAUGUGCACAGUUGAUAGUUAUACGUGGUCCUACGAAAUAUAUUCAGGAGCAUCUUUAGCAAUGGAAGGGUUAGACAAGCCGGGAUCUGUUCUUGUCAGAUUGUGUGAACCCCUUUUAGGUGAGGGACGAAUGAUUGUCGCCGACAAUUAUUAUACCAGUUUACCAUUAGCAACGUAUUUAAAAAAUCGCAACACAGACUUAUGUGGAACAAUACGAAAAAGUUGGGCAGAUCUUCCACCACACGUCAUUAAGCACAAAUUGAAAAAAAAUGAAAGCAUUGCCCAACAAAAGGAUGGAUGCAUCACGGUGCUGAAAUGGCAUGAUAAAAGGAAUGUCCUUACUACCACGUUCAAAUGGUAAAAUUAUGCGAAAGCGUUGCGCUUUGUGCUAUAAGAACCUGAGGAGAGAUGGUCAUACAGCUGCCUUGAAAGCAAAACAGGUAAAUACAGACUGCAAGCAAUGCAAUAAGGCAUUGUGCUUAACAUGUUUUAACUUUAAACAUAAAAGGACUAGUGUCUAAACUUUAAAAAUGUAAAUUGUUAUUGUUAUUUGUUUCAUUUUUAUCCAAUUGUUGUAUUACUUUGUUGUUGUUUUUCAAUUUAUUUAUUAUUAUAUUAUUUUUCCAUUUUUUUUGCAGCUAUGUUAUAUGCUAAAGGGUGAUUUUUUUGAGGUUAGGAUUUGCAUGCAUUAGUAUUUGACAGAUCACGCGGGAUUUCAGACAUGGUGUCAAAGAGAAAGAUGCUCAGUAUGCUUUGACAUUUCAUCAUGAAUAGACUUACUAACGAGCAACGCUUGCAAAUCAUUGAAUUUUAUUACCAAAAUCAGUGUUCGGUUCGAAAUGUGUUUCGCGCUUUACGUCCGAUUUAUGGUCUACAUAAUCGACCAAGUGAGCAAACAAUUAAUGCGAUUGUGACCAAGUUUCGCACUCAGUUUACUUUAUUGGACAUUAAACCAACCACACGAAUGCGUACAGUGCGUACAGAAGAGAAUAUUGCGUCUGUUUCUGAGAGUGUUGCUGAAGACCGUGAAAUGUCGAUUCGUCGCCGUUCGCAGCAAUUGGGUUUGUGUUAUUCGACCACAUGGAAGAUUUUACGCAAAGAUCUUGGU